UUGCACCUUUGUCAUCAUUUCAAAUCGAACUUUAAGAUGUUCAAGUUGAUUUUAACGAUCGCGGGGUUCUCCAUAGCUCUUAAUUAUAAUCUUGUUCUUUCUACUCAAGAAGAGCCCCCACAAUAUGAUGGUGAAGAAAGUUACGACUGGGAUUGUGAAAAAGGCGAUUGCGGUCUACAACAAACACAAAUCAAAUUCAGCAUUGAUGUACCAAAAGGUGGCUGCGAAGACACUUGUUUGGGUGCAGAAAACUCUGAGAAAAUCAGCAAAGCUUUACUUGAUGUCUUGGUCGCAGCCGAUUAUUCUUAUGACGUCAUUAUGGAUCUUAUGUUGAUUGACUUUAUGUACGGUAAUUUGAAAUAUGAAGAUUUUGCUGAUAACAUCAAGGAAAAAGAUUACCCAUAUCAAGGAUAUCAAGUAUUGCAAGAACUGGUGAGAACUUAUAGAGUGUGCGAAAAGGUCUGUAAAGUAUACGCACAACUCAGAUUGGCAUUGCAACAAAAUGCCGCUAACGCUGAACUUUACGAAUAUCCUUAUGAUGAUGGUACAAAGGCAAUUAUCAUUACUGGUAAACUUAUGAUUCUAAAUCAUAUGCAAUCUCAAAUUGAAGAAAUCCUCGACGAUAAAUCGAUCAUUCAAGUUGCUUUCCAAAGUGACACAAUCAUUUUGGAUUCAAGCUUGGCUCAAGAAAAAUGGCAUGGAAAGCAUAUUCUUAUUGAAGGCAUAAGUGUUAUAGUUCCUCUUUCUAUCAUUAUUGAUGUUACAGGUCGUCCAGGGGAUCUGUAUGACGGUAUGGUUGAAAUCUAUGCCGAAUUCUACGACCCAGGAGAAAAUACUGUCAUAAUUAUUCCUGAACAUGGUGACGAAGGAAAUUAAAAAGGGACAUUUACUUGUCAUGAGAAUGUAAAGAAACAAUAUGUAAAGGAUGAAAUAAACUUUAAUAAAGAAGAAUCGAAGUAUUUCGAACUAUUGGAACACCAAGUCAUUUGCUGUUUCAAAUUUUUAAUACUUUAGCCUCAAAAACAC